GUAGUGUCAGUCAAAUGACCGGUCAAAUGACUGUCACUGUUCUUGUAGGGUUCAUUGAAAAAACUAGCGGACGCCGGAGAAAAUUCGCGCAUAAUAAUUACAAAACAAAUUGUUGAAAUUGUUUAUAAAUUUAAUAAAAAUUCCUAAAAAUGGCAUUUUUGCUUCGAAAUUCUUUAAAAUUUAGCUUGCAAAAACAGUUCCUUAAUGCAUGCAGGCAACAAAACCAACAGUGGCAGCAACAGGGAUUUAAAACCUCCAAUUUUAUACUAAAUCCUCACAAGCAAAAUCCAAAUACGACACAACAAAAUGAUACAACAGCCAAUGCGCAAAAGAAACACAAAGAAUCCAUAAAGAUAACAUUAAUGCAGAAUCAAAAUAUGACAGUAACUGCUUUGGAGGAGGCACAAAGUUUGGCUAAACGACGUUCAAUGCAUUUGGUAAAGGUGCAGGAUAUGGAUGCUAAAACACAAAGGCCGGUUUAUAAACUCUUAACCGCGGCCGAAAUGUUGCAAACCGAAUUGUCCGAUAAAUCUUCAUCUGCCGGCGAUAAAUCAGCGGGCAAGAAAUCGGAAAAAUCUUUAAAUAUAGGCUCGCGCAUAGCAGAACAUGAUUUAGCCUCACGUCUAAAAAACAUCUCUAAAUGGUUGAAUAAACAGCAUGAAGUACGUAUUUUAAUACAAGGUAACUCCCAGCAAGAUAUGGCCAAUUGUGAGAAAAUCUUUAAGACCAUAGAGGAAUCCGUAAAAACCCCACAAGUUAUCGGCAAAAUAGUGCAAAAACGCACUAAAGGCAAUAUAGUCAAGUUUAAUAUAUUGCCCGUAACACCCGAUACCAAUGUAAAAGCUGAUGCUAAAAGUCAAUGACUUGCAAUAGACCAUUUUAUUUCGAACACCCUCACCACCAUCACAAUACGUUGCUAUUCUCGCUUAUCAACACAAAAUCUCAAUGAUGAACGUCUUCUGUCUUCAUCGGCUUCCUCAACCACAUCAAUGUCCAACACCUAUAGAGGACCUUUGGCUUUAACUUUUCUUAGCAUAUGUUUUAUAACCAUGAAGUACAUCUUUUGGUGGAAUUAUCUUGAAAAAGAAACUGUACAAGCACGACAGGAGGAAUUGCAAAUGGUGAACGAUAAAAAUGGCUUAAAUUGAAAUUUCUGCUACACUGCACGAAAAUUGUUAUUCUAAAUUAUAUUUAAAAAAAUGUUAGUAGUUCUUUUGAUCUUUUUCAUUUCGUUAUUUUUUUUAAUUUAUUGUUUUUUAUUGUAAUAUUUUAAGAUUAUAGUUUCUUUUUUUCUUAUUUUCAAAUAAAAUAUUAAACGACUGAUAGUUAAAUGAUGAUGACUGCAGAUGU